GAUGUUUUCACGCCAGAGUGCAAAUUUAAGGAAUCUGUCUUUGAAAACUACUACGUUAUUUAUUCUUCCACGCUGUACCGGCAGCAAGAAUCCGGCCGAGCGUGGUUCCUGGGACUCAAUAAAGAAGGUCAAAUUAUGAAGGGAAACCGAGUGAAAAAAACCAAGCCCUCAUCACAUUUUGUACCCAAACCCAUUGAAGUGUGCAUGUACAGAGAGCCAUCGCUGCAUGAAAUUGGAGAAAAACAAGGACGCUCCAGAAAAAGUUCAGGGACGCCAACCAUGAACGGAGGCAAAGUUGUUAACCAAGACUCGACAUAGCUGAUAAAUACCCUCCCUUCUUCCAACUUCUCCCCUCCCACCCACCUACCCAAACCACACUGAGAUGACGACAGCUGAGCAAGGCAGGACCUACCGGUAGUGGCUAGGAGUCUGAACUCCAGAAUCUUUUCUUUGUGUAGGACGAGGAGAUCGAACCCCAGAUCCUGCCUGUUGCAACGUUUUAAAAAACAAACAAACAAACAAAAAGUGAAGAAAAAAAAAUG